AUGGAUGAGUUGAACAAUGUGACGAGCAGCAUAUCUGAGCAAGCUUCUCAGGUGAUCGGCGAGGCAUCUAGCCACAUUGGGUAUCUGCAGAGUAUUGGGUUAGCCAAGAGUUGGUGGUGGCCUCCGGACUUAGUUCAGCACAUGCUGGAAACCGUGCACGUUUACACAGGCUUACCUUGGUGGGGAACGAUUUGUACUGUGACGAUUGCCGUUCGUCUGCUAAUGUUUCCUCUAUAUGUGAAGUCGUCUGAUACCAUUGCUCGCAAUUCUCAUAUAAAGCCUGAACUAGAUGCCAUAAACUCGAAGCUAAUGUCCAGUACUGAGUUGUCUGAAGGUCAGAAAUACGCUCUGCAGAGGAAGAAGCUUCUCAGCGACCAUGGCAUAAAGAACAGAUGGUUGGCGGCGCCUAUGCUACAAGUUCCUGUUGCUCUGGGUUUCUUUAGCGGUUUGCGAGCCAUGGCAAAUCAUCCUGUGGAUGGGUUUGUCAACCAAGGUGUCGCUUGGUUUACCGAUCUGUCACAGGCAGAUCCUUACCUUGGUCUACAGGUUAUUACUGCCGCUGUUCUUAUCUCAUUCACAAGACUUGGUGGAGAGACCGGUGCUCAACAAUUCUCUCCCGCUAUGAAGAGGUUUUUUACUAUCUUGCCAUUAGUUUCUAUUCCCGCAACAAUGAAUCUUUCCGCAGCUGUUGUGCUAUACUUUGCUGUUAAUGGUAUGUUCUCAGUUCUUCAAACUCUAACUUUAAGGAAUAAAUGGGUGAGAAAGAAGCUGAACAUUGCAGAUGUCGUGAAGCACCCUCAGACAUCCGAUGGUCCUCCUAAGGGCAUUAUUGAAACCUUCAGAGAAAACAUGGCCAAAGCUAGAGAGCAAGCACAAAGGAGACAGGCCAUGCAAGACAAAGAGAAGGAGCUACAAGAGUUAUCGAAAGAGCUGAAGAAAAAUUCCAAGAUCAAAAUUGUUCACAAGUCUGAUUUCAACAGAUCGAAUUAG